UCCAAACUCCGCCUUCGUGCUCCCUCUCCGUCCCCUUCCUUCCUCCUCUCCUCUGCACCCCUUCCUUCCUUCCUUCCAAGAUGUCGGCCUUCAUCGGCAAGUACACUGAUGAACUCAUCAAGAAUGCCAAGUACAUCGCCACCCCUGGCAAGGGAAUUCUUGCCGCUGAUGAGAGCACUGGCACCAUAGGCAAGCGUCUCGCCAGCAUCAAUGUGGAGAAUGUCGAGUCAAAUCGCCAAGCCCUCCGCCAACUCCUCUUCACCGCCCCUGGUGCUCUCCAGUAUCUCUCAGGUGUCAUUCUCUUCGAGGAGACACUAUAUCAGAAGACCUGUUGCGGAAAGCCCUUCGUUGAUGUGCUGCUUGAGGCCGGCGUUCUCCCCGGCAUCAAGGUGGACAAGGGCACGGUGGACCUCGCCGGCACCAAUGGAGAGACCACCACCCAGGGGUUCGAUGGCCUCGGAGCCCGGUGCCAGCAGUAUUACAAGGCGGGUGCUCGGUUCGCGAAGUGGCGUGCAGUCCUUAAGAUCGGACCAUCCGAACCAUCUGAGCUCUCCAUCCAGCAGAAUGCUCAGGGCUUGGCUCGUUACGCCAUCAUCUGCCAAGAGAAUGGCCUUGUCCCCAUUGUUGAGCCAGAGAUUCUCACUGACGGCGGCCAUGAUAUCGACAAAUGUGCAGAGGUAACUGAGAAGGUGCUAGCUGCUGUGUACAAGGCCCUCAAUGAUCACCAUGUUCUUCUUGAGGGUACCCUUCUCAAGCCCAACAUGGUGACUCCUGGAUCAGACAGUCCCAAGGUAGCACCCGAGUUGAUCGCUGAGUUGACGGUGAGGGCGCUCCGUCGUACCGUUCCCGCCGCUGUUCCCGGCAUCGUGUUUCUGUCAGGAGGCCAGAGUGAGGAGGAGGCAACACUGAACCUGAAUGCCAUGAACAAGUUAGAUGUGUUGAAGCCGUGGACUCUGUCCUUCUCCUUCGGCCGUGCCCUGCAGCAGAGUACCCUCAAGACAUGGAAGGGGAAGGAGGAGAAUGUCAAGGCUGCGCAGGAGGCUUUCUUGGUCAGGUGCAAGGCCAACUCCGAGGCCACACUUGGCACGUAUGAAGGUGGAAACGCCGGUGAAUUGGCAUCACAGAGCCUUCAUGUGAAGGGAUACAAAUAUUAAGUCGUCUCCUUGUCGAUUGUUCGGUUGCUCACUUGGCCUCUAUGAUGUCUUUGUUACAAACGUUUUCUUACAUUCGAAAUUGGGAGUGCUUUUUCUUCUUGUUAAGCAGACAUUUCGUCCUUAUAAUAUUGCUAACUCUGAUGUGAGUGACUGCUA